GUCUCACGCGCAAGUAGCCAGGCCCACUCCCACCCAUACCCAUACCCAUACCCAUACCCGCACCCGCACCCGCACCCGUACCCAUACCGUUACCGGCAGACGCGGGAAGGACAAGCAUGUCGUGGACAGACAAGGUGAACGCAGGGCACGCGGCCAUGGUGGAGGAGGACUACGAGACGGCGGUGGCCAUGUACUCGGAAGGUAUUGAUGCCGCUCGGGAUGGAGGCGAGUCGGAGGCUCUGGCGGCGGCUCUGUCGUCGCGGGCGGCGGCCUCGCUCAAGCUGGAUGAUGCCAUGGAGGCGCUACAGGACGCCAACGAUGCGCUGGCCAUCGAUCCGACGAUGCACAUGGCGUACAUGCGCAAGGGCCUGGCGCUGUUUGCCCUCGACGAGUUUGCCUCGGCGCUGGCCGCCUUCCAGGCGGGUGCCGAGAUCAAGCCGAACCACAAGCCGUUCAAGACAUGGAUCCGCAAGUGCAAGGCGGAGCUGGCCAGCGAGGGCGGCAAGCCGGCUGUGGCCACGUCGACACCGGCGGCCGGCGCGGGGUCAACCUCGGCGCCGCCGCCCUCGUCCGAGGCGGUGGCUACCACCGCUGCCGGCGCCGCCGCCGGACAGGCGCCGCCGGCCGAGCAGCCGUUUGUGCCAGCGCCGUCGUCGGUUCGGUUCGACUGGUACCAGAGCGAGGAGUACGUCAUGCUCUCGCUCUACGCCAAGGCGACAAGCAAGGCCGAGACCGAGGUCAACUUUUCCGAGCGCAAGGUGCAUGUCAAGACGACGCUCAAGGACGGCAGCGCUUACGAUCACACCUGGCAUCUGACUGACGCCAUCGACCCCGAGGCGUCGUCGUUUGUCAAUACCCGGAUGAAGAUCGAGUUCAAGCUGAAGAAGAAGCACCCGCUCAACUGGGGCGAGCUCGAGGGCGAGGCGACAACGCUGCGGCCGUUUGACGACGCGUCGACGGUCAACAAGCACGCGUACCCGUCGUCGUCCAAGAAGCACAUCAACUGGGACGCCCUCGAGCACGAGGUGGGCAAGGAGAAGGACGAGGAAGGUGACCCGCUCAACAAGCUCUUCCAGGAGAUCUACGCCAACGCCGACGAGGACACCCGCCGCGCCAUGAAGAAGUCGUUUGUCGAGUCGGGUGGAACGGUGCUCACCACCCAAUGGGCCGAUGCCUCCAAGGGCUAUGUCGAGGGCACUCCGCCCGAGGGCAUGGUCAAGCGCUCGUGGGUUGACGAGGAGCUGGGCAAGCCGACCAAGCCGUCCGACAGCAGCUAGCAAUAAACCUGCAUGCCACCC